CCUCCAUGCGUGCCAUAAUUGUAGUCUACUCGUCUACUGCCAAUGUUUGCUACGUGUAGUAAGGCAAUCAUCGUCAAGCCAAGAGUCAUGUCUCCUUUCCGUUUGCGAAUCGUUCAGGCGCUGUUGUUGGGUUUGGAGGUCGUGGUGGCCGUGACACUCCUAGCCUUGUUCGGAUUUGCGUAUUCAAAUCAUUUUAGGUCCGGCUUAUGGGAGGAAGGAGGCGCUCAGGAAUGGAAUUCUGAUCCACGACUGCGGAUAUACUUUUACGCCAACCAUCGCGAGCCGCCCGAGAUCCCGCUGAUAUGGUCUCAACGCCUAGCGGCAUCAAAUCUCUCCAUAGCAGUCCUCACCGUGUUUGUACUCGUUACACGCCUCGCUCUGUUGCGCUUGAGCUAUAUGCCAGAGUACACCAGCAUUCUCUACGACCUUUUGCUGUUUUCGCUCUGGGCCAUCAGCCUCGCGGGUCAGUCAUCGGGGGACUACAGUGACCCCAAGCAUAUUUGUGCCCAUCCUUGGUAUCUCAUACAUGGGUGUGCCAAGAUAUCGGGACAAAAUCGCGCCUAUUGUCGCCUGGCGCAGGCGGGCUUCGCCUUCACUCUCUUGGCCUUGGCGAUAUAUGGGUCAAGGCUUCUCCUAUCCGCCUACGGGAUUGUGAAAGCGAGAGAUAGUCAAAAAGAGUACGAAGACCUGGCGUGGGGCGCGGAGAGCAGUGACCUAGAAUGGGCCUCCGAGCGAGAGGAGAAGAGACGCUGGUGGCUGGAUCAGCCACUGAGCCCGGUGCUCGCGUUUUUCCCUGAGACAUCCCGAUGACUGCGGUUUGGUGAAUUAUGUUUCAUGGUUUUCGGUUCAGGGUUCUGCUGGAUUUUUGGCAUUGGAAGUAGUGCGAGUGCGACUGCGCAAUUUCUUUGGAACGUAUAUGCGAUUUUGUAACGAGGUAUGCAAACAGUGGUCAGGGUUGAGGCAUGACGGCAUUUGCGACGGGGUGUCAUGAUUGCAGCAAACGAGGACAUGAAUAGUUCACGACAUUACAUUUUCCCCGUAUGCAAAUGCAAACCCUACCUACAUGAUUUUGUCGGUGUGCGGCCAUUAACUACACCCGCGAUGAGUGAGUGCGUCCACCGGUUGGUGUUGAUUGUCGUGCUUGAGCAGAAAACAACACUACGUUUAGUCUGCGUCAAUGUGUAGCACAUAUCAUACUGUCCCUCAGAAC